AUGAAUAUUUAUGAAACUGGAUUAACAAAGUUUAUUGCAGUAUCACCAAAGAUAUCUAAUACGCAAAGAGAAUCUAUUCGAAUUGUUUUCCUUUUGACAUUAAAUGGAAGAGCAUUAAGACAGGUUCAUAGAUUAAUCAAUGUACUCUACAGAAGUCAUCACUACUUUUAUAUACAUGUGGAUAAAAGACAAGAUUACAUGCAUCGAAAGUUAACUGUUUUGGAAAAACAAUUUCCGAACGUUCGUUUAGCGCGAAAUCGCUACGCAACAAUUUGGGGAGGCGCUUCUAAAUUGAGCGAUUUUGUAAAAAUAUUUAAGAUCCAAAAGGAGAGAUUGGUAAAU